CUCUUCAUAUCGCUUGAGCAUGCAAAAUUCCACUCUCUGGGGUCUGGAGAGAUACAGACAUCGAUAAACCGAAAGAGCAGAGCAGUUUCUGAGAUUAUUGAUCUUUUCUACUUCCUGGGAACUGUCCCGGCAAUUAUCGUGAACGUUACACUGGUGGCAUACACGGCAGUAACGAUUAAAAUUGCAAUCUGGCGCAACAAAAUGAGGCUGGAUCUCAACGACGCCACUGUCAAAUCCGCAAUUGCGUUGUACGACAGCCUAUCAAACUACGACACCGUGGCUGCAUUUAACAACGAAAGCCUAGAAACAGAAAGAUUUGACGAGACACUAAAAGGGGUAGAAAGCCAUAGCAACAGACUGUGGAGAAGCUUUUACCUCCUGAACUUUUUACAGCGGGUAACUUUCUCCAUGCAGACAGCGUCGAUAAUAUUUUUUGGAACUUACGGCAUUUAUAUGGAAAAUAUGAAACCUGGCACUUUUAUAUUAUAUCUAACAAUUAGCAAAAUUUUAGCUUUGAACUUGGAUAAGCUUGGAUACAUGUACUGCAGAUACUGGUCUGCUAUAAUCAAUGCAAAGAUGACCUAUUUUAUCAGCAUGAAAGUCAAGGGAAAAGAAAUGCUGCCGAUUGCGGAGUUUAGCGACAGAAUUGAGUUUAAAGAUGUUAAUUUCUAUCAUGGAGCAAAAAAAAUUAUGAGCAACAUGAAUUUCAUGAUAAAGCAGUCUGAGAAAGUUGCGCUAGUUGGCAAAAACGGGUCUGGAAAAUCUACAUUGCUGAAAAUACUUCUGAAGUACAACAACUACGUGGGUUUCGUUACAAUCGAUGGCGAGGACAAAAAAUACCAGUUCUCAGAACAAUUGAGAAGGCUUAUAAGCUAUGUACAACAAGAUGCUCUACUAUUUAAUUAUACUGUUCGUUACAACAUAAAGUACGGGAACACGGACUGUCUUGACUAUUUUAUGAUAAGUCUCUGCAAAAAAAUGGAUAUCCACGAUUCGAUUAUGAAACUUAGGGACGGAAAUAACACCGUGGUAUACUGUUCGUUACAACAUAAAGUACGGGAACACGGACUGUCU